CUCGCAAUCUGCGUUGGUUCAACGGCGGGAUCCGAGAAUGGCGUGUUGUGGUUCGUCAUUAUCUCUAUAAUUGCUACCGUACUUUUGGCGCUCGGCCUACAAGACUCCCUGAUGGAGAGCAUCACAAAUGGCAGUGUGCCAUGGAAUAUCGUUGAACUUACCUACUCGUUUAUUUUUGCGGUACUGAGCGUUAUAUGUGUAUGGCUGUCAUUCGGCUUCGCCAAUCGGCAUCUUGGUGGAACGUCAGCAGGCUACAUUGCAUCUGGAUUGUUCUCGAUCGUACACGCUUCACUCUACUCCAUUCCGUGUGCGAUCAUCUACGACUCUGUACAUAAUAACGGCCUGGAACCGAGCCCUGUUAAUAAUAUUCAAAGCGCACAUCCGUUCCGUGAUGCUCCUUAUCAAGAUCUUUGA